AUGCCUGACCCGUCUGCGACCCCGCCGACAGGCGAAAUCUUGACGGGAAAGCAGGAACAUUAUCUCAAGCGCGAGCUCGUUGCCCGCCAGGUUCGCCAUGAAAUCUCCGAGUUGAAUUCCCCCACCGCGCUGAAGCGAUUUGGCGCCCCCUUCCGAUCCGAGUUUGGAGAAGUCGCCCCGGUCGAUUCAGAUCUUCCGAUUCUUCGUUACAUUUUCGUGCAUCAUGUUCGCAACUUCCCCUUUCUAGACAAGGCUCGGGAGAAGGAGUUCUGGCAGGAUAAGCUACAAGUGUUUCUAGAGUCAUUCGCCAAUAAACAUGUUUCGUCCUCGGAAGAUCGCCUGGAGGAGACAAAGCGACGGAAAUUGGCCCGAAAAAGUGAAAAGCUCGUGGAGCUUAUGAUGGUUUCCGGCGUACCGACAGCGUCUGGAUAUGAGGAACGUAUUCAAUUCUCGGAAAUGGAGGUUGUUGAUCGUGGGGCCAACGAUAAUGGACUUUUGGUCAAUAUGCCAGAAGGCCACGCUAUCAACAGCUGGGAUGUGAACGUUGCGGCGGUUCGAGUGACCUCUAUAAAGCGGACUGUUCGAUACCAUCCCCAUGCGGAAUUCCUCAUCCGGGUCACAUCUUCCCCCCUUCCGCGCAAGAACAAGUCGUCCAUGUCGAGCUGGUUUGGCUCUGCAGACGACGACAAUUCCUCCAUCUCUUCAAAUUCAACACAAGAUCCUAUCUCUCGUGAUGAAGCAUUCACUGGUCGAACAUUGGCCCCAGGGAGCCAUCAGCGCACCAUCUCGCGCGAUUCCAGGUCACCGCGCGCAUCAUCUGACAAUACCCGAGAAGCUGUACUUUAUCGUGAGGAGCAGCGAGUCUCAUUGCGGGCAUUCCUCCGCACUAUUUUGCAAAACCCACGCAUCGCUGAAUCCAAGUCGGUAGAUGAAUUUCUGACCGCACAACCGAUAACCUUGAACGAGGAGGAGUUGCUGGAUGUGGAGAGGCGGAAGGACAUGGACGCGAUCCGAAUUGAGGAGCAACAACGAUUCUAUGAGAUUGCAAGAGAGCGCGCUGCAGAGCUGGAUGUUUACAUGGAGAAUUUCCGAAAGGAUAUCGUUGAAAGCAAUGGAUUGACCAAGCUUUUCUCUGAGAUCCGCGAGAAACCAACCAUUGAAGAGCUCAGUCCGCAAUACCAGAAGUUUGCCGAAUGGCUCCGUAUUGAGGUUGCUGCAACGAUAUACCAUAUUUUCCUGGCCGAGGACAACUCACCUGAGAUGUUUGCCCAAGCCAAGCGUAUACAUUCCCUUGUUCCUUACACACUACUCAAGAACGUCAUUCGCAUUGCCAAUCCCGCUGCAGUUAUGACCGGUGUUCUAGACUUGUUCCUAGCCCAGCCAUUUGGAUCCCGAUCUCUCCUUCAGCGCAUUUUCUCCAUGACCCUCAAUGAUGGAAUUAAAAAUUACCAGAAGUCGAUCACUGCGCUCAGCGCCAAGAUUGAAGACCCGAUACUCGCGCAGAAACUCAAGUACUUUGUGGAGGCCGAUGAAUCAAUCAAAAAUGAGAUUCGGUUAGAGGCCGAGAAUGAAGACAUUGACAUUAUCGUGGCCAUCCUCCGCUCAGAACUCUUGUCACCAGAGCUUACGCCCGAGCAGAUCGGCAAGGUAUUUAACGCCUGGGUAGCUUGGAACCAUGCUGUAGAUAAUGUGGAUCUAGAGAUGCAGCAAGGAGCAAAAUGGUUUGCGAAUAUGAAGCAGCUCCUCAAGCUCUACACUCGACAGCGCGACAAGGCAAUGAUGCUCAGCAUUGUCGAAGAACCAGUCACCCUACAACUGUUCCGUGACCUCUUCACGAUCUUCUACGAACCGUUAGUUCGAGUAUACAAGUCCGCCAACGUGUACAGCAGUAUCACAGAUUUCGCGCAAUUCGCCGACGAUGCAAUUGCCGUGAUUGAAAGUGCCCAGCGUCAAGACGCAUCUGCAGACCCAAACCAAACAGUACAAUCCUUCAUAGAUCUGUGCGCUCGCCAUCAACAUAAUUUCUACAAGUUUAUUCACGAGGUGCACCUGCACGAUAAUGGCCUGUUCCAGUCUCUCAUGACAUGGAUUGAAGAGAUCCUCGAAUUCCUGCGCAAGGGCCCUAAGGGCGGGAAGCUAGACAUUAACGCGUUAUUCCAGGGUGCCGUGGGAGUCAAUCAAAUAAACAGAGAAGUAGCUCUGGCCGAAAUCAACGGGUUGAUCAAGUGGCAUGAGGACCGUAAGCGCUGGCACUUGAACAAGACCCGUCAAAAGAUGGCUGCCGAAGGCACAACAAAUGAAGUUAUGCCGGGAACUGCCAACUUCCGGAGUAGCGACUUCGGUCUCGAUGAGGCCGAUCUGGAAGACCUUACCAUAUCCGACGAAGCAUCCGACUCAGAAGAUGAAGCCGAAGAGGUUGACGCACUAGAUGAUCCGACCGAGUCUGAGCGACGUCGUCGGAUUAAGAAGCAAGAUCAGCUGCGCCGUACAUCUGGAGAACCUGUUAAGCCCGAGGUUGUUGAGAUCCUUAAACUUGGCGAGCCAUUCGUGAUUAUGUUACGCCAUGUUUUGGCUGACUGA